AUGAGGUUCGGCAUUAUCAAUGUAGUUUUGUCUGUUUUGGCGUUAUGUGCAUUCUGGAUCUAUCACGGUACAAACCAUUGGGAUGAAAAAACAGUGACACAUCACACGUACGGUUUCGUCUACCACGCUCAGGAAACAGACGGGGAAUUUCGACUACAUUCUAACGAUCUGACAAAAUGGAUAGCUGAAAUGAACGACGAGAGACUCAAGAACAGUUCAGUUCGGCUAAGUCUACUGACAAUUUUUGCAGCUUUGUGUAACCUUACUAAGUAUGAUUCACCUAACCCCGCCCUCGAACUAUGUUGUGGUCAUACUCAAAGAUACCUGAACAAACUCGACCUGAUUUGGUGUCUACAGAAUAUGGGUCACAUCGGGACCGUUCCUACAGUUCGAGAAGUCUGGAAUAGCACGAGAUCGCUUCCUGUUUAUCCGCCCACGUACAAUAAUUCGAUGGUAUACAGGAAAGAUGUCCAGCUAUCUGACGGCGUGACUGGUUGUCAGGUGGAUCUUCUGAGACGAGAGAACAUGUAUCAACUUUUUCUCAAAUGGAUCCAAAUGGCCGAAAAACACAAAAUAGUUUGGUGGCUAACUUACGGGUCAUUGUUAGGGUCAGUACGUUGCAGUCAAAAUGUCCAUCUCGGAAAACAACCCAGUGACCAUAAAGGAAACUACUCACAGGUUGCUGAAAACUCUUCGACGACCCACGACCGGUUUCGCCCUUCUUGGGGCUCACCAGGAAGGCGCAGUUUCCAAACUGUUUUCGAGAAAUACACUCAUCUGUGCCUACCCUAUGAGUCCCAAGAAGGGAGAAACCUGUCGUGGGCUGUCGAAGAGUUUUCAGCAACCUUACACAAGGACUUCAUUCCCUAUGAUCAUGAUACGGAUGUCGCUGUGCUCGGGUCUUACGAGACGAUCGUUCGAGAGCUGUCUGUCACAUGGAAAGAUGCUACUUAUGAACAGGUAUUUUCUGUGGAUACGUCUGGCGAAGCGCAGUCCCCAAGUUUCCGUCAACCUUAUGUUCUACUUGAAACCAAAUUGCGCGAAAUUAGCGAAAUGCACUCAUUUGCAAACAAGUUUGGUUUCGCGAGAGACUCACCUGGAACCCGGCCAUUUCUUAUUUCCCGACACUGCCGUAUUGGUCACGGGAUGUCUUUGAACUGUCGUGGAUUACCGGGUCAUUUCCACGAGGAUCCAUGUGUGUUUUGCGCCCCAAUCGCUCGCAUCAUCUCCGGUCCCCACAUGUACUUUGAUGUAUUCUUGGUUCACGCAAAAGUGGUUGUCGAUGAAAGCAACGCAAACGAAACCCACGUCGGACUGCUGGAUGAAUCUGUAGACUCUGAGCGGAAGAAACGCCUAUCUUAUUCAUUGAAUGAUGUUUUCCCAUUGUCCAUCUGUACUUAUAUGGGUCUCAACGUACCUUGUCCCAGAAAUCCCGACAGUGUCUUAGCACAUGUCUACGGCAAAGACUAUAUGAAACCUCAAAAACUUUGCGAUCAAAGAUCUGGUAUUUGGCACUCUGUUUAG